AGUUGUUCUCUCUCUACCUGCCAUUUGCAUUCCUUCUUUAUUCUCCAAACACUCGGACGAGUCCGGACGCACAGGGAGUCCCAUUAACCGAGGGAGCAUCGCGCGCUGUACAUGUGUGUACGUGUAUACGUGUGUUUGUGCGUGUGUGCGUGUGUGUGUGUGGGUUGCCUGUUUUAACUACAGCUGUCAUCAUAGAACCGUGCUACAGCCGCUGUGGAGAAACUCAUUGGAAAUCUGCAACCAAACGACCGGCUGUUUUUCUGUUGUUUCCACGCCGCCGUCGUGUGUGUGUUAGUGUGUGUGUGUGUGUAUGUGUGUGUGUUUUUUUUGAGCGCUGUCUUUCAAGGCGAUGGACUUGAGAUAGUGUGUCUCAAUUUGAGUCUUGGUGGCUGGGAGUUGCCGUCGGGGAGAUAUGCGAAAGGAUGCUCGGAAGCAGUGAAGGCUACAGCAGGUAACCGAUAAGAUGGUGGCCGGGGAAGCGACCGGGCACAGCUACCUGGUGGCUUGCUGGCAGCCCAUUCUGAUCCUGAUGCUGGGCACUGUGCUGUCUGGCUCCACCACAGGCUGUCCCUCCCGCUGUGAGUGCAAUGUUCAAGAGCGCUCUGUGAUGUGCCACCGCAAGAAGCUCAUGACGGUUCCAGAGGGCAUUCCUGCAGAAACAAGACUGCUGGAUCUCAGCAAGAACCGCAUUAGAACCAUCAACCCAGACGAGUUUGCCAACUUUCCCAACCUCGAGCACCUGGAGCUCAGUGAAAACACGAUCUCCACUAUUGAACCUGGAGCGUUCAACAACCUUUAUGGCUUGCGGACAUUGGGGCUGCGCAGCAACAAGCUUAAGCUGAUCCAGCUCGGUGUCUUCACAGGCCUGAGCAAUCUCACGCAGCUGGACAUAAGUGAGAACAAGAUUGUCAUCCUGUUGGACUACAUGUUCCAGGAUUUGUACAACCUCCGGUCUUUAGAGGUGGGUGAUAACGACCUGGUUUUCAUUUCCCACCGAGCUUUUCAUGGCCUAAGUAGCCUUGAGCACCUGAGUCUUGAGAAGUGCAACUUGUCCACUGUGCCAACAGAGGCUUUUACCCACCUCCACAGUUUGAUCACUCUCAGGCUUCGCCACCUCAAUAUCAAUGUGAUACGGGAUUACUCCUUUAAACGGCUCUAUCGGCUCAAAGUGUUGGAAAUAGCCAAUUGGCCAUAUUUGGAUACGAUGACCCCAAAUUGCUUAUAUGGAUUAAAUCUCACCUCCCUGACCAUUGCAAAUGCCAACCUGACCACAAUUCCUUAUGUAGCCCUGCGGCACUUGGUUUAUUUGCGCUUUCUGAAUCUUUCAUACAACCCUAUCCACACCAUUGAGGGGAAUAAGCUCCAUGAUCUUCUGCGUCUGCAGGAAUUUCACCUGGUGGGAGGCAGACUGGCAAUGAUUGAGCCCUACUCUUUCCGUGGUCUAAACUACCUGAAGAUUCUCAAUGUGUCUGGGAACUCUCUUAGCACUUUAGAGGAGUCUGCUUUCCAUUCAGUAGGCAACCUGGAAACCCUCGCCUUGUAUGAUAAUCCCCUGGCCUGUGACUGCCGACUGUUAUGGGUUUUCAGACGACGUUGGCGACUGAACUUCAACAGGCAGCAGCCCACCUGUGCCUCUCCCGAGUUUGUCCAAGGCAAAGAAUUCAAAGACUUCCCGGAUGUUCUGCAGCCUAAUUACUUCACGUGUCGCAAGUCCAGGAUUAGGGAUCGCAAACCCCAGCAGAAAUUUGUCGACGAGGGAGCCAUUGUUCAUUUUGCUUGCCAAGCAGAUGGAGAUCCUGCUCCGUUGAUAAUGUGGCUAUCCCCGCAGAAAAAGUUCAUCACCACGAAGACAAUUGGAAGGCUCUCUGUGUUGCCAGACGGUACCCUCGAGGUGCGCUAUGCCCAGAUUCAAGACAAUGGUACAUAUGUGUGUAUAGCUAGCAACGCAGGCGGAAAUGACACCUCUCUUGCUCACCUGCACAUUCAUAGCUACUCGCCUGACUGGCCGCACCAGCCCAACAAGACUUUUGCCUUCAUCUCCAACCAGCCCACAGAAACUGGUGCUAAUGGCACAAGAGCCAAUGUCCCUUUCCCAUUUGAUAUAAAGACGUUGAUCAUUGCGACCACAAUGGGCUUCAUCUCUUUCCUCGGUGUCGUCUUGUUUUGCCUGGUGCUGCUCUUCCUCUGGAGCAGAGGUAAAGGCAACACUAAACACAACAUUGAGAUUGAGUAUGUGCCACGGAAAUCGGACGCUGGCAUGAGCAGCAGCACAGUGGAUGCUCCUCGCAAGUUUAACAUGAAAAUGAUUUAACGGACGGAGUUGUGGAAUUUAUUCAUUUUGAACUUCAAAAUAAGACAAAUGGAAAAGAAGACAUUUUCUUUCCUCUCUUACAAACCUGUGGAUCCUGGUCUGUUAACAUAGAGUAAUAUGUUUUUUCCUGACUGAAGGACUAGAGAGGAGGGCAGUCCCUGAUUUCCUGACAAGUGAGAGGGAAUGAAAGCUCACCCAGUGCUAAAGGGCAUUGGUGGUUUCUACAUGGCCUGUGGGGGCAUUAAUUGAAAGUCAGAUUUGUCAUAAGCAGUUCAUAUUCCUGUGGAUUUAUACCUGGAAAAAUAUAUCAGAAAAGAAAAAAACACUUCAAACAGCCAGAAUGCGAGGGGCAGAUCAUAUUUCGGCCAUUGCUGUUUUUCUGUCCGUAUUUUUUUCAUUUAGUGUUUUGUUUUUUUAUUUCCAAGAUUAGAUGUCAAGUUAUGAAUGAGAUUUGUAUGGGUUGAUGAGCACAUUUAUACAACUUGGAUGCAUUUCUAGUACAUCAUCGUUACAAUACAUCAGUGUUGCAAUUGUGAAUGCUAUGUAUGUGCUACAUAUGGUCUUUUUUCCCCACAGUGAUGAUUGUUCUGUGAUCCAUCAAAUAUAUAUCUGUGUCACGAUACCUGAUGAACUUUGUUGAAACUGUAUGCCCCAGCAACUAGCAGAAAUACAGAACUUAGUAUGGCACAAUUAUAAUUAUGGGAAAUACAUAACUGUUAGUGAUUUGCAAAACUUAAUUUGAAUGUUACAAUAACUGAUUGGUAGCCAUUUUGUUGACCCAAGAAAGUACAAUAAAUGGUACUGUAAUACAGAUCACCCUGGUCAUAAUGUGACCCGCAAAACUGAAUGAUAUACAAAAAUAAGUGCUCUGAAAAUGUGUCCAUUCAGCAACAUAGGGAUGCAUCAGUGCAACUUCUACUGUUGAUACCAGUUCCCAGUCCUGCACUGUAAAAAAUCAGCCAAAAGUGUGUAAGAAUAAUUGCAUUGUUAGAAAGGUAAAUGUGACAAUAUUUAGUUUUGAAAAGUAGAAGAAAUACAGUUGUUAAAUGUGUCUCUUAAUAUAGGAUUCUAGCAUUGAGGAAAUGCUCUAACAUUGCCGUUUGAGCCCAGUAUCUGAUAUCAGUGUCAAUCAUCCCUAAUUUCCAGAUGUAACCCGCAGUACACACACAUGGAUUGAGGGCAUGAUACACAGGGAAAUGUGAGAUGUUGUUGAUAUGAUGCUCUGUAACAACAACAGAUGCAGCAUCUAUCCCAGGGAUCAGCCAUCAAACUGAACGGUUGGGUUUGGUACCUUGAUACUAUAAAAGCUUAUCCCUGACCUUUUAAAUUGCAUUCCAAAAAACUAUUAUGUAAUGGUAUUAUUUUGUGCUCAACAUGAUUACGAGGAAUAAAAGUUGUGGUGCUCACCUUUUCUGGAUAAAAUGUGCUCCUCAAGCUGUAGAAUAUUUCUUUCAUCGUGG